AAAUUUGAACCUUACAGUACAGAUAAGAACAACAUUUUGUCGCAUUAGCUCGUGGUAGUGCAGGAUAAAAGAGCAAUAAUGUGCAGGUAUAAAUAAAUAGAUUACUGUACAGAUAAAUAUAUUGCACUUUUGCAUAUGCAUCCACAUUUAUGGAUAUAUGUUAUAUUGUCUUUAUAUUCCAGCGAGUUAAUCCAUUUUUGGGGGGAAUUGAGGGGAUUAUUAUGAUGCGUUCAAGCGUCUUAUGGCCUGAGGGAAGAAGCUGUUACAGAACCUGGAGGUUCUGCUACGGAGGCUGCGGAACCUCUUUCUAGAGUCCAGUAUUUACAGUAUUUUGAUCAGUUAAAUACAUUUCGGGACUGACUUAUUUCGCGCAUUGAUUUCUGUUUCCAUAGCAGCACACGUCUUGCUUCCUGCAACAUUGUGUGGCCUACUUCCGGAAAAACGUCCUCGGGCAGCUUGACCGAACAGACAACUGUCCAUCGAAUCAUGCCUCCCAGAUAGCAACCUUCUUCUCUCCACUCCCCCUCCCUGCCCCUGGAUCCUUACCUAAAUAUUCCGGAUCCAAAUCCACCACUGCCACCCCUUGUUACCGCAGCCGCCAUGCCACCCAGGAAGAGGACAAGGCCGGGCUUGGGGUUCUUGUGUUGCUUCGGCAGCAGUGAGCCCCCAGAGAUCAACCUGAAGGACAGCGUGCCCUUGCAGCUGCUGGAGUUCAGCGCCCCCAUGCCACCUGCCGAGGAGUUGCAUGCUCGCUUUUCAGAGCUAGUGGACGAAUUGGAUCUGACUGAUAAGAACAGGGAGGCCAUGUUCGCUCUGCCCGAUGAAAAGAAAUGGCAGAUCUAUUGCAGUAAAAAGAAGGAACAAGAGGACCCCAACAAACUAGCUACAAGCUGGCCUGACUAUUACAUUGACCGAAUCAACUCCAUGGCUGCCAUGCAGACCCUGUUUGCCUUUGAUGAGGAGGAAAUGGAAAUGCGAAACAAGGUGGUGGAAGAUCUGAAGACAGCACUUCGGACUCAGCCAAUGAGGUUUGUGACGCGUUUUAUUGAGCUGGACGGCCUCACUUGCCUGCUCAACUUCCUGCGCAGCAUGGACUACGAGACCUCAGAGAGCCGUGUCCACACCUCUGUCAUCGGGUGCAUCAAAGCCCUAAUGAACAACUCCCAGGGCCGCUCGCACGUGCUCGCCCACCCACAGAGCAUCAACACCAUCUCCCAGAGCCUGCGGACGGAGAACAUUAAGACCAAAGUGGCGGUGCUGGAGAUACUCGGUGCAGUGUGUCUGGUCCCCGACGGACACAAGAAAGUGUUGCAGGCUAUGGCUCAUUACCAGAAAUACGCUGCUGAAAGGACUCGCUUUCAGACGCUGCUGAAUGAGCUGGACAAAAGUACAGGUCGCUACAGAGACGAGGUCAACUUGAAGACAGCCAUCAUGUCCUUCAUCAACGCCGUGCUUAACGCCGGAGCAGGAGAGGACAACCUUGAGUUCCGCCUCCAUUUAAGGUACGAGUUCCUGAUGUUGGGCAUCCAGCCUGUCAUUGACAAGCUUCGGGAACAUGAAAAUGCCACCCUGGAUAGGCAUUUGGACUUUUUUGAGAUGGUGCGCAAUGAGGAUGAUUCAGAGUUGGCCAAAAGGUUUGAUAUGACCCAUGUAGACACCAAGAGUGCCUGUGCAAUGUUUGAGCUGGUUAAAAAGAAGCUGAGCCACACAGACUCCUACCCACACCUCCUUUCCAUACUCCAACACUGCUUGCAAAUGCCCUAUAAGCGUGGUGGAAGCACCAUGCAUCACUGGCAGCUUCUCGACAGGAUCCUUCAGCAAAUAGUCCUGCAGGACGACAAAGGGGAGGACCCUGAUGUUGCACCUCUGGACAACUUCAGUGUUAAAAACAUAAUUCGCAUGCUGGUCAAUGAGAAUGAGGUGAAACAAUGGAGAGACCAGGCUGAGAAAUUCAGAAAAGAUCAUGUUGAGCUACUUGCCAAACUGGAGAGGAAGGAGCGAGAGUGUGAGACAAAAACUCAGGAAAAAGAGGACAUGAUGAAGACUCUGAACAAGAUGAAGGAUAAGCUCCAACGUGAGGGUGUGGAGCUGCGCUCAGCCAGAGAACAAGUCCUGGAUCUUUCAUCACGCAUCGGUGACUUUUCUGGUGGCAGCGUAUCAUUUCCACCACCUCCUCCGCCUCCUGGUGCACCUGUGGCUCCACCUCCACCUCCAAUGAUGGGUGGCUUCCCUCCACCUCCUCCUCCACUGCCUUUCAGCUGCCCACCCCCACCACCACCACCUCCCCCACCUGGCAUCCCACCUCCUCCACCAGGGGCUCCUCCCAUUUUUGGAGUACCACCUCCUCCCAUUGCCUCUUCUUUCAAUUCGGCGAACACGCUCCGCUCCAAGUCCAUCCCUCAGCCAUCUCAUCCGUUGAAGUCCUUCAACUGGGCUAAGAUAGGCGAGCAUAUGAUCAAUGGCACCAUCUGGAAUGACAUUGACGACCUAAAAGCCUUCAAGAUACUUGACCUCAAGGACAUAGAGAAGAUGUUUUCAGCCUAUCAACGACAACAGGACCUGCUCACUAACCAAUCCUUCAAGCAGAAGGAGACCGGUUCCAUGGAUGAUUUAUAUGUCAGCACAAGGAAAGUCAAGGAGCUGUCAGUCAUAGAUGGCCGACGUGCACAGAACUGUGUCAUCCUCCUUUCAAAAUUAAAAAUGAGCAAUGAAGAGAUCAAGAGGGCGAUCCUAGAGAUGGAUGAGCGAGAAGAGUUGGCCAAAGAUAUGCUGGAGCAGUUGCUGAAGUUUGUCCCAGAGAAGAGCGACAUUGAUCUACUGGAGGAGCACAAACACGAACUGGAGCGCAUGGCCAGAGCAGAUCGAUUCCUUUUUGAAAUGAGCAGAAUUGACCACUACCAACAGAGACUACAGGCUCUGUUCUUUAAGAAGAAGUUUGCAGAGCGCCUUGCUGAAACCAAGCCAAAAGUGGAAGCCAUCUUGAACGCUUCCAGGGAGAUUGUCCGGAGCAAGAGGCUCGCUCAGAUCCUGGAGGUUGUGCUUGCCUUUGGUAACUUCAUGAACAAGGGCCAGAGAGGAAAUGCGUUCGGGUUCAAGGUCUCCAGCCUCAAUAAAAUCGCUGAUACCAAGUCAAGCAUAGACAGGAGCAUCACAAUGCUGCACUACCUGAUCAUGAUCUUUGAGAAGAACUACCCUGACACGCUACACAUCCAGCUGGACCUCAGCACCGUACCAGAGGCUGCAAAAGUCAAUUUGGCAGAAUUAGAAAAAGAGGUGUACAGCAUAAAAAAUGGACUGAAGGCUCUUGAGGCGGAGCUGCACUACCAGCAGCACAGCAGGACGAGGGAACGCGGAGAUAAGUUUGUGGCUGUAAUUGGUGACUUCAUCACCGUGGCUGGCUUCAGCUUCUCUGAACUGGAGGAUCAGUUGAGCGAGGCCAAGGACAAGUUUACCAAAUCUCUAAAGCACUUUGGGGAGGAGGAGGGGAGGAUGCAACCCGACGAGUUCUUUGGGAUUUUCGACACCUUCUUGGGGUCGUUCAGCGAAGCUCGUCAAGACCUAGAAAACAUGCAGCGACGCAAAGACGAGGAGGAGAGGCGGGCACGCAUGGAGGCCAUGCUGAAGGAGCAGCGGGAGCGGGAACGGCGGGCUAAGAAGAGCGGGGCCACGGAGGAGGUCGGAGGGGAAUUUGACGACCUGGUGUCGGCCCUGCGUUCCGGUGAGGUUUUCGACAAAGACCUGAACAAAUUCAAAAGGAACCGCAAGCGUUCUGUCAACCAGCUGGUGGAGGGCGGCGGGCGCGAACGGGCCGUCACAAAGGUCAACUACUAGGGGGACGAAGGACGCCUGCUGAGCUCAGCCCCGAUGGUGUGACCAUACGGCAUGUGCCACUUGUCACCCUUGGACCGUUAUGUGAUCACAUGAUCAGGACGCAGGGCAGGUGGGAUACUGAGCACAGACCCCUGUGACUUUUGACCUCUGUGCUUCACGCCAUGUCACUUCUUCCUGACAAAACCCCUCAAGUUUGUCACAGUCAGUCCCUCUGCACCAACGAAAAGCAAGGAUUGUAAGCUCCUCCACAUCUGGAAAGCAUCUGGAGAAAAUGGACAAAAAAAAUGCAACCUAGCUGACGGUCAUGUGACCUUUCGCGUUGUGCUGCCAUCCAGCAGUGCCAAAACGUGUGCAAGUGUUCUGAAAGCAAACCAGCAAACUGCAAAGGUUGGAAUUUUGUACACAAAAUAUUUCCUGUUGGUGCUCCACUCCUUCAUCGCUACACAUUCUGCGCUUUAAGUUUUGUGUUGUUUGCACUGCAGCUCUUAUUGAAUGCUCAUACUGUGUGUGUGUGUGUGUGUGUGUGUGUGUGUGUGUGUGUGUGUGUGUGUGUGUG